AGGAUCGACUGAGAGAGAGUGAGGGGGAGAGAGAGAGAGCGCAGGCAGACAGCUUAAGGUUUGAUCGAAAGAGAAAGAAGAGGGAUGGGUGAGGAAGGAGAUAAUAGUAAUAAUAGUAGGAGUAGUAGUAGCAGCUGGGAAGUAAUGGAGGAUCUGCAGCGAACUGUCAAGGAAUCUAAGGAUUCUGCCAUUCGCUCUGCUGUUUCCUUCCAACAAUCCUCUUCUUCCCAUCUUCGCUCCUUUCAGGACCAUGUACCGGAGGCCAUUUCAAAGUUCAACUCUUAUGAAAAUACUUUCUUCUCCAAAGUUAAAGAGGAGUUGCUCACUGCCAAAGACCACCCAGCUGCUGCCAUUGGACUUACUCUCACUGCCGGACUCUUCCUCAUGCGAGGGCCAAGAAGGUUUUUGUUUCGGAAUACAUUGGGUCGGUUUCAAAGUGAGGAGGCACAAUUUCUAAGAGCAGAGAAGAAUGUAAAAGAAUACAGCUUUUCUGUUGAUUUAAUGAAGAAGGAAAGCAGAAAACUGCUUGAAAGGGCGUCUCUUGCUGAAAAAGAAAUGAAAAAUGGCCACACUGAGCUCCUGGAUGCUGGGAUUCAAAUUCAGCGUCUUUCUAAAUCAGUUUACAAGGUUGAAACCAAAACUGCAGAUUUGAUGGAUGGACUACGAGAAAUUCCUGGCAGGGACGCUUUGAAACUUCGAGCUGAGGUUGCUUCUAUGACCUCCCUUUUGAAGCAGCAAAGGGCUGUACUUGACAAGCGGAUCAUGAAGAUUUCAGAACUAGGAAUUCCUGUUUGAUAGAUUAGAAUGAUGCUGAGGUUGAAAAUUCUCGACUCCUGGAUUUUGCUUAUUUCCCUCUUUUCCUUAUGCUCCUGAUGUUCUCAAAUUUUAUAAUACAACAUAAUGUGUUUGAGAUGUAAUGUGUUUGUGAUGUAGAAGAGAAGGUGGGCUUUCUAUUCCAGCAUUCAAACCCCCUUACUCCUGCUCACAACUUGAACAUCCACAAAUCCAACUUAUGGUUUUUUAUCGUCCUGCAAUGUCAAAUACCAAACAUUUGUUUUA